AUAUUCAGAAUAUCUUGUCACUACCUAUAUCGGACAUUGGGUGAUGCACUUUUGAGUCAUAAAAAUUACAGUGUAGUAGAAAAUAUUCUUUGAUGGGGGAAAAUGUACGAAUGAUAUCAUCCAUCCACCGGCAAACAAACUAAUCCCAUCAUCUCGUGAUCAUUCUGCACUUCAAUCCAAAUCGACGACUACAGACCUCCAACAUCGCCAUAAUUAAUCAGUGUAAAGUGCUUCGAUCCCAUCCGGCAAGCAUCAACCACACACAUAAAACUAAAAAGUGAAAAAAGAAUACACAAUGGGCGGCCAAAAGCACAUCGUCUUCGACAUCGUAGGCACCUGCGUAUCCUUCGACGAAUACCACGCGCAAAUCGAGCAAGCCAUCGGCCCCAAACUCCACGCCCACAACAUCACAGCCAAAUUCUUCGGCUACAGCUGGAUGACGGCAUCCGAGCUAGAGUUCACAUUCCUCUCCAUAUCCGAACGAUACAAGUCGUACAACGGCAUCCUAGAAGCUACCUUCUACCGCACGUUAUGGUUUGCGGGGGUCGAGGAUCCGCGGGCUCUCUACACGGAUGAGGAGAUGAAGGCGUGUGUUCGGGGUUACUCUGAGUUACGGUUGAGAGCAGGUGCGAAAGAGUGUUUUGAGAUUUUGGAGAAGGGAGGAUUUAAAGUGUGGUUAUUGACCACGGCUGAUCUGAAGCGUGUUCAAGGUUAUUUUUCUAGAGGGGGUGUUGAGAUGCCUGCGGAAAGCUUCAUAUCGUGUGAUAGUUUUGGGGUGGCUAAGCCGGCAUUGGCGGCGUAUAGAAAUGCGUUGGAGAAAUUUGCUCCCGAUGAUGAGGCGUGGUUUGCGGCUGCCCAUAUGUGGGAUGUGUCGGCUGCGAAGAAGGUUGGGUUUAAGGGUGCUUAUUGUACGGAGUAUGAAAAGGAGUCGUGUAUUGAAAUUUAUGAUACUGAGAUGGAUGUUAUGGCUGAUAGUUUGCCCGAGAUGGCGGAGAAGGUUGUGAAGGCUGCUUCUUCAUGAAGUACGUUAAUAUUCAAUACAAUAAAGUCUAAUAGCAACUACCAUGAG